UAUAUAUAUAUAUAUUAUAUUAUAUAUAUAUAUAUAUAUAUAUAUAUAUAAUAUAACUACUUGCCGAUGCUAGUAUUCAAGACAAGAGAUUUACUGUAGUAUAUAUAUAUAUGAGAUUGUAGAGGUAUCCAUCCGUUCUUCGAAUAUCACUGUAUGGUGCAAAUCAUUUAAACACGGCACCAUGCGCAACUUAGUGGCAGUUUGCAUAUACACUCUCACACUCACGGCGACGUGUUUGACGCCGUGUGUGACGGCUCAAUCAGACACUACUGAUACCAUCGACCUGGGUGAUACACAGUCGCCAGACUUCAAUGCAUCCGCUUACUUAAAUCCUGACUACCCUCUCCCGUUGGAUGAAAACGGAAACGUCCCAACCACAUGGUUCUACGCUCCAGGAUAUUGGUGGGUAGUAAGAUGUUGGGUACAGCCUGCUUAUAAUGCCACAGAAGGUACGCCGCCCAUAGCGUUCGGGGGGACCAAUCAGCAGUGUCCCCCAGGCGUGUGGUUAAACUGGGCCACUGAUUCAGCACCGCCAGUCAAGGUGAAGGAACAAACGGUCUUCAAGACUGGCGUUGUCUUGACUAUCAAUCAGUCAUUGUUUACACUGGAUGUCAACAACGGGCGAGGCUUCUACAUUCCUCACUUUGCCAUGUAUGGCUGCGAUGUGGCUGAUUUUCAUGAGGGCUUUGCCUGUGUACCGUCGGUAGAUAGUCAGUCGGACUACAUGAAGAUCAGGACGAUAGUUCCUCCAAGUAGGACUACAGAGAAUCUCGCCCAAUAUCAAUUCGACGGGCUUCUAUCUAUGCCGGUUGGUACUUUCAUGGUGACAUCGAACGUUCAAUUCUUUGAUGCAGAUGGAACGCAAUAUAUACUAGCGCUGGGAUCUCAAACCGAGUCUGAGUCUGAGAGUCUAAGUGCGGGUGUCAUCGCUGGAAUUGUCAUCGCCUGUUUGCUGUUUGUCGCAGUUGUCGCGACCUGCGCCUAUUUCUUCUACCGAUUCACCCAGGAGAGAAGCAAGGUGAAAGCGUUGCGUCCCAGAGAGUAUCCCAAGAAUAUGGCUGCUCCUACCGCCGACAUCAAUGAUUUCGAUGAGCUGGAGGCGAUGCAUUCGAUCCCCGCCAAGAGGUUUAUUGCUUUGGAGAAACUCGGAUAUGGUGCGUUUGGAGAGGUAUUUAAAGGCGCAUUGUUCAACAGUGACAACACUGCAGCUCUCUGCGCAAUUAAAAACUUAAAGGAGGAGCACAGAGAAACACUGGCUGAAAAAUUUCUGGCCGAGGCAGAGUUAAUGAAGACCCUGCGCCAUCCCAAUGUUGUACACAUGAUUGGUGUUAGUGGUGUAGACGAAGAAGAACGUACUGAGAUCUGUAUCCUCAUGGAGUAUCUACCGAAUGGUGAUUUGAAACACUACAUCUCGAAUCCAGCGAACCAAGUAGCUAUCACCAAUGCUGAGCGUCUGUGGUACGCCUGGCAGUUGGCUAUGGGGUGCGAGUAUAUCGCUGCGAAGAAUCUAGUACAUCGAGAUUUAGCCGCCCGUAACUGCUUGCUGGGUAAUCUUGGCCCGGAUGGAUAUCAUUUCUGCAAAAUCAGUGAUUUUGGUUUGGCGCGUGUUACGGAGGGAGAAGAUCAGGAAUACAUUAUGGAGGGUGGCGGACUGCUGCCUGUGCGCUGGAUGGCGGUAGAAUCUAUCACCGAGCGGCAGUUCUCCGAAGCCUCCGAUGUGUGGGCGUACGCGGUGAUGAUCUGGGAAGUGUUCAGCAAUGGCAAAGUUCCCUACUGUGACACACAAUCGUACAACUUGGCAGCCAGUAUCGCCGAUGGUCUGCGCCUGGAAAAGCCCGAAACGUGCAAUAGAGAAGUAUACCGAUUGCUGGCUUCCUGUUGGCAGAGAAAUCCCGAGGAUCGACCGUCGUUCUCAACUCUUGUGACGGAGUUCGCGGCUCUCUAUUGUAGCGGCCGUGGAGAUCUGGAAUCGCCCUCUGGUGAAUUACUGGCGUUGGCUGCAAAGAAGAACCACAUAUUCAUGCAGGAUGAAAAACAUGAUAAGCUAGCUGCUGAAGAACAUCUCACCGGUCAGUAUGUCGACGCGCAUGACAUUGAGUCGGGAAGAUACGUGGAUAUGGAGCUGAGACGCCAACAGAGUGAUUUGAGAAAAAGCAGUAGUCUAAGCAGAAGCACUGGUGGCAGCCAGAAGACCAUGAAGACCGAGGACCUACUCUCUGCCAGACAGGUCAACAAUGCGGCCAUCGGAGUGAGGGAUGGUCCCGAAUCUGAGUAUACCAACAUCAGCGCAGACAGGUGCACGGGUGUCGAAGUGGUCGCGUCUGAUCAGGCUGCGCACAUGGUCAGUCCGAGGCAACAGAGCAAGCCCGAGGUAGAAGAGGGGUAUACAUACCUGAGUGCUGAACCCCGUGUGGACUAUUACAACGGUCGGGAUACACACAGGAAUCGGGCGGAUAGUGCUGCGAUUAUGAUGGAGGAUGAUGCGAAUGUACGACGUACGCCGAUACCGGAGAAGUACUCUGAUCUGGAUUUGUCACCUACUAUGGUGUGAGGAACACUGGCAUCAGGCAGACAAAGACUGACGCCUUCCCAGGCACAUCGUUUCGAUUUAUUCGGUUUGCUCCCGUCUGUGUCGACUGACACGCGAGAUUGUAGACAGUCUCUAUGGCGUAUGUUGCUGGCUCGCUGUGUUCGCAAUUCCAACAUAGAAUGGCGCACGUGCAACCAUAGUAUUUAGCCUAUGGAAUGUUGCUUCUACUAUUUAGAAUGCGAAUGUACCAUUGACACAAUUUAUUAGAGCAUAGUGUUCGUUAGGGACUUGAUAUUUUCCUAACGCUAUCAUAUGGAAGUAUGGAAGCGCCAACAAUCCUUCCCGUUCGGGUAGUUACCCCGCUGCAUAGACCGCUGCUGCGUGAGUUAUCCGGAGUCAUCACUGUACAGCGAAACCUUGUAAUUUGGAGAUGAACACUUUCUGUACUUACUCUGGCGGUAGGAUAAGUCGCAAACCCGGCGCAUGCUAAGCCACGACUGGCGCGUUGUAGUGCGCUCGCUUAGCGUGCUAGGCCAAGACUUAGAAUAGUGAUUGGUUAAUCAAUGACUGGACAUGUUCAGUUAAAAAAGUAGGCGUGUGAGCAGAUUAAUGAUUAAUUUGAAUUAAAAUAUACUCUGAAGGUUCCUUGUCUUAAAAUGUUG